AUGGCCCCUGAUAAGAGAGUUUCAAAGCGCAAAGCUGCGCCUGUCGCCGCCGACUCUCCCGCCAAAAAAACCAAGAAGGUCGAGGCCAAACCUGCUGAGGCAACCAAGGAAGCUGCUCCUAAGUCUAUCCUGAAGAAGAACGAGAAGGCCACCAAGUCCAAGGCAGAGAAGGCUGCUGUGCCGGCUAAGACAAAUGUCGAGCCCACCCGCCAGGUCAAGCCUCGCAAGCGUGCUGCUGACUUCCUUACCGACGAGGAAACCGAAGAGCCUGUCGCACCUGUGAAGGCUGAUAAGAAGGCCGAGAAGAAGCCUGCGGCUAAAAAGUCCAAAAAGGAGGAGGCUGAGACCACCCCCGCUCCUAAGAAGGCUGCCGCGAAGAAAGCCACCCCCAAGACCAAGAAGCCCGAGCCCGUCGUCGAGUCCGAAGAGGAAGACGCCGAGGUGGAUGUCUCCCCAGCAGACGAAAGCGAAGCUGAGAACGAGGCUGUUGAUGAUCAGACUGAGGCACUCAUUAAGGGCUUCGAGAGCAGUGGCGACGAGGACGAGUCUGAUGGUGAGGGUUACAAAGAGGGUGAACCUAUCCCCAAAGCCCCAGAUACCAAGAAGGCCGAGCGCAAGCUCGCCAAGCAGCUGCGCAAGGAUGGCCCUCCCGAGGAGCCCGGCACUGUCUACAUUGGACGUAUCCCCCACGGUUUCUACGAGCACCAGAUGAAGGCCUAUUUCUCCCAAUUCGGUGAAAUCACCAAACUCCGUCUUUCGCGCAACCGUCUCACCGGCCGCUCCAAGCACUACGCGUUCAUUGAAUUCUCCUCGACCACCGUCGCCAAGAUUGUCGCUGACACAAUGGACAACUACCUCAUGUAUGGCCACAUCGUCAAGUGCAAGUACGUCCCAAAAGAGCAGUUGCACCCCGAGAUCUGGAAGGGCGCCAACCGCCGCUUCAAGGUUACGCCAUGGAACCGCAUUGAGAAGAAGCGUCUCGCGAGGGGCAAGACACGUGAGCAAUGGUCGAAGAGCAUCGAAUCCGAGCAGAAGAAGAGAGAGGCCAAGCUUCACAAGCUCAAGGCCCUAGGUUACGAGCUUGAUCUUCCCCAGCUGAAGAGCGUCGAUGAUGUCCCCAUCCAGGAGGCUCCUAAGGCUGUUGAGGCCCCCGAGACCACUGAUACCACUGAAGCGUCCACCGAGGAGCCUGUCAAGGCUAUCGAGGCUCCUACUCCUACCGAUGAUACCCCGAAGAAGGCCAAGAAGGGCAAGAAGACAGAGACACCCAAGGAGGUUGCUACAGAGUCACCGGCUGCUAAGUCUUCCAUUGCCAAGGCGCCUGCCACUAAGGCGAAGGGAAAGGCCACCAAGAAGGCUACCAAGUCUAAGUCCAAGGCGUAA